CAUGAGCUAACAAGGUAAAUAUGGAUGCACUGUUGUAGAUCUGAAUAACAGUGUGUACAGAGAGCUGGCACUGAAAGCAGCUACAAUCCCUUAUCUCUUUAGUGAGUAAAAUAUAUAUAACUAUUCAAAAUGAGUGCUGCACUGAGUAUUUGACAUGGGGGACCAUCAGUUAAUUACACAAACGUUCUUAACCACUAAAGAGUGCAUGAACAUUUCAUAUAACACAGCAGUUUAUAACCCACACUGUUUUAAGCAGGAAAAUCAUCACAACACACAACGAUUUGUGAUACAAAAAUACUUUUAACACUAAAACAUUUACAAAGCUACGCCUCUGGGCAGCAAGCUACUUAUAACCAGGCAGCAUGAAGCCUUUUAAUCACUAAAUUCAAGAACAUUAAAGACAGAUGGAGGAGGAAGAAAAGAUAUCACAGAUCCACCAAAGGUUUUAUGUCUUAAAAAUGGUGAAGAUGACACACAUGAAAAUGACCAAAACAAUAGAUCAAAUUAUUAAGUCAAAAGUUUGAAAUCAUAACCCAAAUUCUUUUACUUACACAUGGCAAAAAAUGUCGUUUUUAGUCGCAAUGAAGGGAAAAGCUUCCAUAAUAGCAGACAGGCAAAGGUCUUUGACUCCCGUAGUGCUUUUUCUGAUUAAACAGAAUCGCUGCCCAGUCAGAGCUUGAUUGUAAUAGACACCUACAGCCCCUUGUUGGCUUCGGUCUCUUACUUUGGUUGCAGAUAACAGCAGUGGUGGUUACAGUAUGCUAGUUUUCACACUGUACUGCAUGUUGCAUGUUACUUUAAAGGAGUUAAAGUGUUAACUGCUGGGCGUUUGUAGCCAAAACCUUUUUCUAUGUCCGUAUUUUUUUCCUGGUUCAUACAGUCUAUGCACACUGCUGCAGAAAUGCCGGCUCUUUGUUGAUAUGUAAAAUCACUGUCAGAAAAGAGAACUACUCCCUGAGUCCUGAACUUACAUUACUAUUUAUUUGAGGGAAAAAAAGACUACUUAAAGAUAUUAAAUGGUCUUUAUUAUCAUGAAAGAUGCACUCCUUCAUAAUUAGAGGGGCUAUUUGGAGGGGUGGGGUUGACUUUGCUUACCAUGCCUCAUUAAAUCUUGAAAACAGUCAUGAGGUUGUUGAUAUUCCCUGAGCUGUACACUUCAGUCUCACCAAUACACAGACAAGACCAGAUAAAAGAGAUUUUAAUAAUAAAAGCGUAAAUGUGUUGUAGGGCUUGUCUGCUGGUUGUACGUGUCUGCUGUGUUUGGCUCUGUCUUUCUUUGUACCAAGAAACAAUCCGCAAGAAUGCUGCGAAGUGGACGUGAGAGAAUAUCUUAAAAUAUCCCUGAUUGAGUUAGAGAGGAUCAUUUUCAUGUAACACUUUUGUAAUGAUAAUAUCCGAAGCUUAAGUAAUAAAGGAAGGAGUGAAAUCUGCCUCUUGUCAGCAUUUACGAUGAGAAGCACUUGCAUGAUUAGAUGUCUUGCGAUCGAUGCAGCCUCUUCUCCCAAUCAUUAAGACUGCUCUUAACAGAUUACAGCCCCCUCCCAAACAUGCAGCCCUUCCUCCUCUUCUCCCUGCUCCUCCUCCUCCUCCUGUCUCACACACUCCCCUUUUCAGCAGAAAGAACUGGAGCCGAGAUUCUCUCGUACUUCUUAAGCUUUAUUUUUUAAUUUUAGCCUCUUUUUAUAACAUUUUCUUACACCUAAAGCUGAAGCUCACCUCAUUGGUAUAGGUGGCCUUUAUCUGCUUUCACGUGAACCCCUCUGUUGACCCGGCACAUGAAUGGACAGCAGAAUGAAAAAGACUAAACUGUAAUACAAGAUUUUGUGGUUAGAGAAAAGACAACAAAGAUGGACCUGCGGACAAUCCUUUAUCACCUGCUGCUUUUCUGCUUUGAUCCAUCUACAGCCACAAGCCUCAUAACAGCAGAUAUAUUUGAAGCCAGAGGCCAGCGCGUGUGCAAGGCAGGAAAAGGGAAGCCAUGCUAUAAGCUGGCCUACUUCUCCGAGCUCCGCCGUAAGCUGAACUUCAUGGAGGCAGAACGCGCCUGCAGACGGGACGGGGGUCAGCUCCUGAGCGUGGAGUCUGAGUCCGAGCAGAAGAUCAUAGAGCAGCUCAUCACAGAGCUCCGCCCAACUGAUGGAGACUUCUGGAUAGGUCUCCGCCGAAACCAUGGAGGCGAGGAUAGCAACUUGGACUGCUCUUCCCAGUAUUACUGGCUGGAUGGUAGCAAGUCCACAUUUAGGAACUGGCACUGGGAUGAGCCAUCGUGUGGUUAUGAGGUGUGCGUUGUAAUGUAUCACCAACCGUCCGCUCCUCCUGGUAUAGGAGGGCUCUACAUGUUCCAGUGGAACGACGACAAUUGUGAAACCAAGAACAACUUCAUCUGCAAAUACACUGCAGAGGAGCCACUGGAUCCUUCUCCUUCACCUAACUCCACUCAAACAGAUGUCUUCUCUUCACCCGUGGUGCCGUGGAAUCCAAAUGAUCACAACCACAACCAAACAGUUCUGAAUUUGGUUUACAUCAUCAUUCCCACCAUUCCCCUCAUACUGCUGCUGCUGACAGUGACAGGCGUCUGCUGCUUCAAGCUGAUUGUCCGACGGAGGAGGAAACAGCAGAAAUCUGAAGUAUGUCAAACAGACCCAGGACUGUGCCCAAGCCCAACUUCAACUGAUGUCUACAAUGUCAUUCGUUCCCAGAAGGAUGACGACCUCGUGUCAGCUCGCCCGCAGACCAAGAACACCUCCUUUUUAUGCUCCUCCCCUGACACACCAACCGGUGACUACGAUAAUCUGGGGGGCCGGGACACAGAGAGCGGCUUUGUGACACUUGCGAGCACAGAGAGCUGUUUCCUAAACUUUGACCUCAAUGAUCUCAGCCUCGGGCGCCGUGGCACUCGUGACUUCUGCGACACCAGCUUGGGCCGCUCAGGGAAGAGGGACGUGAGUGGCAGCAGUUUGGGUCGGACGGGUCACAGAGAGUUCUACGACAAGAGUCUGGGUCGUCGUACAACAAAGAGCGAGCAUUUCGGCAGCACCCUUUACAGGGACCACGGACUGUAUGAUGGCAGCAUCACAGCAGGGAGUGACCUCUAUGAUCCCAAACUAAGACCCGGAGGUCACACAGGAAAGGCUGACCUGUAUCAGACAUACAUCACCAAUGGAAAGGAAGACACUUACCGAACCAGCCUCGGAACCUACGGAAACCGAAAGUCCUACAAUGCAAAUGUGGAUUGCUACAGAAAUGGGCUGAAUUUGGACGGUGGAAGAAGAUACUUCAACGAGCAUGAAUGGAUCAACAGGGAAAACUACUGAUUGCCUCAAAAUCGGCUUUAUUAUGUGUACAGCACUGAAUGAGUGAAUGACACUGAGAGAGUGGCUAAAGACUGUGCAUGGUUUUAAAUGUUUCUAGCCUGUUACCUGUUUAAAGGACUGAAAAUCAGGUUGAAAAAAUAUAUAAUUUAUAUUUUAUUGCUGGCCCCAUAAUUCAGCCUGUAGCCUGCUGGUAGACUAGUCUGUGUAGGAAUUCGUUUGUGGUAAAUGAACACAAUUUUGUCUACGAAUACUAAAGUAAUCGGGUGGUGCAAAUAAGCUAUAUUUGUUUAUGCAGACAGUUUGAUGUGCUCCUGUUUCGUGAUGUCUCCACAAGAUCUCAGCCUCUUCCUCUACAGUGAUGCUCACUGAAUGAACGCAAAUCAACAAAAAGAUUCGGGUUACUCAGAAUGAUUCAGACCUACUGUAAUGAAUUUCUUUUGAAGACAAGGUCAUAGGAUUAUUUGUGACUUUAUUACAUGGAGGUAGGGGCAGAAAUACAUCAAAGCAACAAUAAAAAAAGGGGAGUCUGUUACUGGCAUCUCCACAAUUUUGCGCAUUGAUUUCUGUUUACAGUUUACCCUGAAGGGGCUGCGUAUAAUGCCUUAAACGAUGUCCAUUCAAUCUGUGCCGUUCUGUGCUUUAAAACUUUCAAAGGCGGAACAAAAAGUUUUGUAGGUUUGGGGGUUAGAGGAAACAAAAAUGCAUGGAAUAAUAAAGACAAUGUCUCAGGUUAAAGUUUCGUCCUAUUUAAAAAUGAUCCAAAGUGAUAAUAUUACACAAGAUCAAUUCCAAACCACCGGAGUACCCUUGACACAAACGUCACCUACAUGGUAAAGCCUCCAGAUUUAAAAUUUUCUGGACCUCACUAAAGCAUCCCCAUAUAUUUCAAUAUAUGCAUGCAUAGGAAGUUUUUGGAAAGAGCCAUAAUACAGUUUACAUUACAGAAAUGACCCAGUAAAGAAGCACCUACUGUAAGCUAAACUCACCUUUUCUUGUGUACAUUGCAUCAUUACCAAAAUGUGGACGUUUACGGUUGACUGAGGAUUAUGAGCAUCUUUGUCUAUAAAAGCAUGUGUGUUUUCAUGUGUGUAGCAGCCUGUUUUGCAUGGUCGUGUCAUGCUGUGCUUGCUUGGUAAGAUAACUGAGGUCUUGGACUGUUAUGUUUGCUGUGCUUGAAAACUGUUAAGUACACCCAAGUAUACCUGAGAGAUGCGGGCUACCUCAAAUAGAUUAAACACAAUAAACCAGUACUGCUCCUUGAAGCACUAGGUGGUUGUAUUUAUCUCCUGUGUGGUUUUAUAUUGCCUUAAAUUGUGACGAGACCUUAAUUUUACACACUUAUUCCAGUAUUUAUCAAAGGCAUUCUAAAGAAAAAACAACAAGGUGGCUGCUACAAUUUAGCUUGAGUGCCUGCAGCCUAACCAAACAUUACGGCAUGCUAUUACAGUGUAAUAUAAACCCAAGCAUCAUCAUUAUUACUAUUAAUUCAGAAUGUAUUAUGUCUUGAUAUCUCUCCUGUAAGUGAGAGUGGUUUGUAUGUUUGCUACAUAAGGAAUAUUCCAAUAAAAUGAGAUGAAAAGCCAACCUGUCAAAGAGUGAUUUUACUGUCCCAAUAAAAACAACAUCAGAUUUAUAUUCACAGUCAAUCAUGAUUUUAUUAAGUUAAAUUACUUAAGCAUCCUUGGUUUUAUUUAUCUUCCACACUCAUACCCGACAGAGCACACAACAGGACACUGUUCAAGCCCAGACGCGAGAGGAUUUCUCGAUUUCACUGGUCAGAGAAAUUCCUCCAGUCAGGCCACAUUUUCAAGUUUCAAAUACGGGCUGAAUUAAUGCAAAUAUCUUGUGAUGUGCAUCCCCUGAAAGACAUCCGGCUCAACACAGGCAUACAAAAUAAGAUAAAACGUCCAGCUCAUACCCUGCCAAGCAUUUUCUCUCGCUCUCACAUGCACUCUUUCACACACAAGUUCAAAAGCAGACUGAUGUCUUUCCCACACGUGCGCUGAUAUUUUUCUCACCUUUUUCUAAUACAUUUCUGCCUUUCAUUCA